AAAUGAGUGAGGCGGGAGCAGCGGCGAGCUCGCCUUUGUGUUUCUCUUCUAAUAUCUCACAUAUCAAUAAUUCAGAGCGGCACCAGACGGACACUGCGCUAUGUAUUCAGCUGUGUUUCGACUAGUCAGGGGCCGCUUUCUACAAUUCAGGGGUCAUUUCACUCAUCCUUAAAGUAGGACAAGAAGCCGAGAGCCGCAAGCCAGCCAGCCAGCAAGCAAGCGCGCACAAGGGGCAAGGAAGAUCACAAAGAGCCUCCACUCACAAAACAAAACCGGAGUGUAUAAAUAAAGCAUAUGAAGACAUAGAUUAAGAAACAAACAACAACAACAACAACAACAACAACAUAUCUUAAAACAUUCAGAUCUGGCUUGGAUAAAGAGAUAAGGAGCUGUAUCUGUGAAUCUAGAAGUGGGAUACGGCACUCUGUUGAAAGCUUUAGACAGAAGAAGCAGCCGUCAUGCUGGUGCUUUUACUGAGCGUGGUGUGGCUAAUUGGGUUAGUGUGCGGCCAGAAUGAAACCGAACCCAUAGUCCUGGAGGGGAAAUGCCUGGUGGUUUGCGAUUCUAACCCCACCUCGGAUACAACAGGGACCGCUCUGGGCAUCUCAGUGCGGUCCGGCAAUGCCAAGGUAGCGUUCUCCUCCGUCCGGAGCACGAACCACGAACCCUCGGAAAUGAGUAACCGAACUAUGGUCAUCUACUUCGACCAGGUACUCGUGAACGUUGGGAGCAAUUUUGACACGGAGAGAAGCACUUUCAUCGCUCCACGAAAAGGGAUUUACAGUUUCAAUUUCCAUGUGGUCAAAGUGUAUAACAGACAGACGAUCCAGGUGAGCCUCAUGCUGAACGGAUGGGCCAUGAUCUCAGCAUUCGCCGGGGACCAGGAUGUCACCAGAGAGGCCGCCAGCAAUGGGGUUCUGCUCCAGAUGGAGAAAGGAGACCGAGUGUAUCUCAAACUGGAGAGAGGAAACCUAAUGGGAGGCUGGAAAUAUUCCACGUUCUCCGGAUUUCUCGUCUUCCCCGUCUAAACAGGAUCGAAACACACGGGCUCUGGGAUGCCAGGAAAAAACAAAAAAUAAAAAAAAACACAAGGGGUAGGAAUGAAUGAAUGAAUGAACGGCUCUCAGAUGCAGCUGCUUGUAGCUCUGGACAGAAAACUGUUUUACCUUACAAUAUUUAAAGAGGCAAAGCCCUUCAUAAUCUGCGCCUGUAUGCGUCUGCUUUGAGGAAUGUUUCUAGUGUUUUGCAGUCAGAGAGCCGAAUAUAAGGAGAAAAAAAUUAAUAAUUGGUGAAUUAUACAUCAUUUUUAUUUGAUCAUUUAUAUAUGUCAUUUUUUAUGUUGAAAUCUUUAUUAUAUGAUUUUUUAUUUUUAACUGUAUAUUUUUUUUUUAUCCCUAUUUCAUUAUCUGUUAUGUAUCCCACAUACAUUUUAAUUACACAUGCUUACUUUUCUUUUUUGGAUUUUAAUUUACAUUAUUCCUGUUUUUAUCACACGAGAAAGAGUAAAAAUAAAAAUAAAAAUAAACAAUGGCAUUUUCUUUGCUGUAUACCAAUCUAUAACAAUCCUACAAUGUAUAUAUGAUGUAACCUCUUACUAGCCGAGCUGGUUAAGUAGCUAGCUGUAUUUCAGUAUUUCUAUGUAAUUCUCAGUGAUUGUGGAGUAUCAGGCUGCUAUACGUUUCGAUGCUUCUUGUUUUGUUUCAGUCAAAUGUGGCAAAACUAAAACGGCAGAAACUAUAAUGGAAUUUUAUUAUAACUCUGUAAAUAUAUGUGUGAAUAUUUAAAAAGAUUUUUUUUCUUUGCUUUAAUUCAAUAAACUUUAAAUGGUACUUUUAUUUUUCUUAACCAGA